GAACUUCAACAUGGAAUGGACAUUAACAUUGUUUUGUUGUUGCAGGUUCACAAAUCCUUGCGCAACAUUGACAUUUACGAGAACUUUUUAAGAUGUCUCGUUCUGUUCAAUGAGAACAUGAUAUCUCGCGCGGAACUGUUGAGUCUUGUGUCUCCGUUCCUGUGUCGCAGUCCGGAUCUAUUGCAAUGGUUCAAAUGCUUCAUUGGCGAAACCGGAUCCACCUCCAAUCCAUCCCAGUCUGGCAAUGACUAUUCGCUCGAUAGUCACAACUCUAUGAUGUCUUCUGUUAAUCGCCAGGACAGACCUCCCGGUGAAUUCGCUAUGGAGAUCGAUUUCUCUACUUGCAAACGUCUUGGCGCCAGCUACUGCGCUGUUCCAAAGGACUACGUUAUCCCAAAUGUAGUGGAAGAUCUCAGCUCUGCAGAGAAGUAUUGA